UCACAAGUACAGUAUGGAGCUUCCCGCUUGCAAAUGAAUUGGCACAGGCUACUAUCGUGGCGGUGAGGUAGUGGUUGUGAGGCGUGGUGGUCACUCUGGCGGCUAGUGGGAUGUACCUGCCCCGCGAAACGUGAGGUCACUGAAGCUGGCCCGAGCGAGCGCCGGCAUCCGUCGUCCUGAACCAAGGCACCACCAUUGUCACCUUCACACAUGCACACUAACCACCGUGCACUCGCAGCCGCGGCAUAACUACCGUCCUCUACCACCAUAUCGUGAAAGACAGUAUAGGCGACCUCGCCUCGAUCAGCCCCAGUACUCCAAAUCUACAGUCGUGACCAACCACCUCAGUCGCGCACUCGGCGCAGAACGUGGCUCCGGCAGCUGCCUGACCUCGAACGACUCCAAAUAUUGUGAUAGCUUGAUAUCAAGCCAUGGAGACCAUUCGUGGUCUUCUGUGGAAGCCCACACCAGAAGAGCAGAAACGGAAAUGUAAUGCUCUUGUGCGGCAGAACGUGCGCAAACUGGACCGCGACAUCCAAGGCCUAAAGAUGACCGAGCAGAAGACGAAGAACCUCAUCCUUCAGUCGUCUAAGCGCGCGCAACGAAACCCCUCCAUGGCCAAGCAAGCGAACCAGGAGGUGCGAAUCUUCGCUCGAGAGUUGAUUCGUGUACGGAAACAGAGCGGUCGCCUGCAGACGAGCAAGGCACAACUCAACUCUGUCCAGAUGCAGGUCAACGAAGCUUUCUCCGUACGGAAGAUCGAGGGCAGCAUCAAGGCAAGCACAGGGAUUAUGAAGGAUGUGAACUCGCUGGUCAGGUUACCGGAGCUGACGGGCACGAUGCGUGAGCUCUCGUCGGAGCUCAUGAAGGCUGGCAUUAUUGAGGAGAUGGUGGAUGAUACCCUGAUGGACACCGAGGGGCUGGACGAGGACGAAGAGGCGGAAGAGGAGGUUGACAAGGUCUUGUCAGACAUCUUGAAAGACAGGCUACCGGCAAGUAAAGCAAAGGAGGAAGAGCUACCAUCUGUCGCACAGCCAGAAGAAGAGGAAGAGGAGGACGAUCAGGCAGAGAUGCUGGCACAGAUGAGGGGCAGACUGGAGGCUUUGAAAAGCUGAGUGGCCUACUGAGAGAUAUUAUGCAUGUGUGACAGGGAUACGGAAGCUGUUCGUACGUGGCACUCAGGCGUUCGAGAGUUGCGCAAAGGCUAUGCUCUUUUGAAGAUCUCGAAUCUAGGGUAUCGCAAGCAGACCGCUCUGUUUCCCAACAAAUCUACGAAACGAACAAUCUCACAGCUCCCUGACUCCUUUCAUCUCACUUCCCAGGAUUCUGGUUGAAAUUCAUACUAUACCC